UAUAGCACUGCCAAAGAAAAAUAGAGGGAGAGAGUAGCGGGAGUUGCAUGGAGAUGGCGCGCUCCUCCCAUUUUUCACCGAUUCUUCGCCGCAGGAUCGCGCAUUGUCUGGUGGAUGGGAUCCAGGCUUGGAAUUUCGGCGCCCGCCUUGCUCGCCGCGCUGAUCCUCUUGUGUGAUCGAGUCCAAGCAUUCGAUCCUCUCGAUCCGGAAGGAAAUAUCACUCUGAAAUGGGAUAUCAUCAGCUGGACAUCAGAUGGAUACCAGGCUCUAGUAUCGAUCAUAAACUACCAGCGCUAUCGCCACAUAGAAUCGCCGGGAUGGACUCUGGGAUGGACGUGGCAAGGAGGAGAAGUGAUCUGGGGAAUGGUUGGAGCUCAGGCAACGUACCAAGGAGAUUGCUCCAAGUUCCAUGGAACGAUUCCGCACUGCUGCCUUCAAAGCCCGACCAUUGUGGAUUUGCUUCCGGAAGCUCCUGCCAGCAUGAAGUCGGCCAACUGCUGUAGGAAUGGUGUGCUGAGCUCGCUUCUCCAAGACCCGGAGAAUUCAGUGGCGAGCUUUCAGCUCACGGUUGGCCAGUCCAGCAAUGCGAGCGACACAACUUCUCCUCCCAAGAGCUUCCUUCUCGGCGCUCCCGGCCCCGGCUACGAGUGCUCUCCUCCCAGGAGAGUGAACGGGAGCUUGUUCUUCACUCCGGAUCAUCGUCGAGCGACUCAAGCCUUGAUGACUUGGAAUGUUACCUGUAGGUACUCACAGGCCGUGGCUCAGCGAGCACCAUCUUGCUGCGUUUCUUACUCGGCUUUUUACAACGCGACGAUCGUUCCUUGCCCGACUUGUGCGUGCCAGUGCUCCUACAACGCGACACAGCCGAUCCAAAAUGCCCAGCCGAUGUGCAUGCAAAUGAGCUCUGCUUAUAUGAACUCCCCGGGCUAUAGCACGGGCAGGACUAGAGAUCCACCGGAGCUUUACUGCUCCACCGAUAUGUGCCCGGUGAAGAUCCACUGGCACGUAAAGACGAACUACUACGACUACUGGCGAGCCAAGCUCACCAUCAUCAACAGGAGCCUCCGGAAGAACCACACGCAGUGGAACGUCGUCGUCCAGCACCCCAACCUGGACAACCUCACCUCGGCAUUCAGCUUCAACUACAUGAGCUUGCCGCGAGGACGCACUAAUGACACAGCGAUGUUUUGGGGGAUCCGCUUCUACAACGACGAACUCCUCACUGCCGGCCCCGUUGGAAACGUCCAGUCGGAGCUCCUCUUCCAAAAGGAUCCCAGCUUCACUCUCGACAAAGGCUGGGCAUUUCCCCGCAGGGUGUAUUUCAAUGGCGAAGAAUGCGUUUUGCCGCCUCCUCACUCGUAUCCUUUUCUUCCCAGCGCGGCCAUCCAUCGCCAAACUCUCGCUUGGAAAGCUCUCGUCCUCCCAGUUUUGUUAAAUAUGAUAGGAAGGAAUAUUCUAUCUCUUUUUUAAAUAUCUAGCGAGAUUAAAUUAGUUUUCGUUCAUUAACGUUGCUAGUCUCGAGAGCCUUUCAUACA